ACAUCGAUGAAACCCAAAUCCUAUUGUUGUUAGAUCAAAUUGAAUAUCAAACCAAGAUGGUGAAUCUGUUCUUGUCUGAACCAAAGUGGAACGAUGUUGCCCACAACAGUAGCAACAACAUCAAUGUGAUUUUGCCUCUGUUGAACAAAUUAGGCUCUCAAAUUCAAUCGUUGGUGACUCAUGGAGCUCGAUCAGAAGCUAGACUUUGGCUCUGUAGUGCUCUUUCUACUAUUUCUAUAUCCCCUAGGAAGCAACUUAGUAUUUUCAUGAAGUUAUUGAGAUCAAAACCCAGAAAGAUGCAGUUUUUAUCUCAGCUUCUGACAAUGAUGUUCGAAAAGAGACCGAGGAAACUUGGAUCUUUGUUAGCCAAAAGAAGUUAUAUACUUGAGAAGUUCUUUGAAGGGAAUCCGAAGCGUAUACUAGAGUGGUUCUCUGAGUUUGCUUAUGAUGGUGGGUCUGAUCACAAACGAGGUGCAAAAGCAUUGGCGCAGUUUGCGUUUGCGAAUCGGGAUAUUUGUUGGGAAGAGCUCGAGUGGCGAGGUAAACACGGGCAAUCGCCUGCGGUUGUUGCUACAAAGCCUCAUUAUCUUCUUGAUUUGGAUGUGCAACGAACCAUUGAGAAUUUUCUCGACAAUGUUCCUGAUUUCUGGUCUUCCAAUGAGUUUGCUGAGUCUCUUAAAGAUGGACAGAUUUUGUUUCUUGACACGAAAUUCUUUAUAGAUCUCUUUAUUCGUUUCAUGUAUGAAGAAGAUAUGCAUGAUGUGUGGGAUGUUGUUGAGGAGUUUCUUAGGGAGGAGUCUUUCUCUUCGUUAACACAGCAUCUCCUUAUCACUCUUGAAGAACGUGACUUGUGUCGAUUUCUUGAAUUGCUUGGCAACUAUUUCGAGCCAAGUAUUGAAUCUUGGGAUAGUGGUGACUCGUCUUGCUGGCUCGGGGUUGUUCUUUCAAGAUAUGUCGACACAGAAUCGAUUGACGAGCUGCUACUGCUGAAUUCUAUUAUCAACCAAGGUCGUCAGCUAUUACGUCUUGUACGUGAUGAAAACGGCAAUGAUGAGGGAGAACUGCUGAAAGAAACCAUGGAAGAGAUAUGCAGAGGUUUGGAAAACGACAGUAGCUUUUAUCUGAUUCUGAGAGAGCUCUCGAAGAUGAAACACAUAGAGGUGAUAAAAUUACUCGGGCUACUUUCUUGGACUAUUCACUAUAGAUUAUCAGAGGAAUGUCAGACACCAGAUUCAUGGGAGCUUCUAUUUAGAGAAAACGGGAUUGAGUUCCGCAGGUCUAGUGACCACUCGUUGCUAAGCUAUAAUGGACUUUCUGAAGAAAGUGAAUCUGACUCAGAUAGUAGAAGCCAUAUUUCUAAAAAGAGGCACAAGAGGGAGAAAAAGAAAAGAAGGAAGAAAAAGAAGAGGGCUUUUGAUGAUGAUGAUGAUCUCGGUGAUGAUGAUCUUAUAGGUCUGCAUUCAAUAAGUCGAAGUUGGUUGCUAUCUACUGAUGGGUUUUCUGCAACAUGGACCAGUGUGGAUUUACCUGAAUACAUCGCAAGCAUCAAAACAACGGUAACUGAAAAAGAGAGCGAUAUCAACCGUCUUGUGAAGACAAUCUUGUCCAACAAAAACAACAGGAAGAAGAUAAUUGGUCUUGACACCGAACGGGUGCAAAAGGGAAGAAAGCUAAAUAAGACAGUCUUGUUGCAGCUCUGUGAUGGAGACAAUUGUCUAAUAGUACAACUUCCCAAUGAAGGUGAAGGUGAAGGUGAAGGUGAAGAUGACAAUCUGCCUCUCUCUCUUUUCAAUUUUCUCAACCUACCCGAGUUCACAUUUGUAGGCAUUGGCAUAAACAAGACUAUGAUUAGGCUUGAGAGUGAGUUUGGUUUGACCUGCAAGAAUGUUGUUGAGAUUGGACCCGCCACAUGGAACCUGACCAAUAUGACGGCCGAUGUGAAAUUUAGGAUCAGUACUAUUGUUUCGACUGAGAGACCAACAAAUGCCAUACUUGACGACUGGGAAAAAUUUGUUCUCAAUAAGAACCAGAUAAAGCUUGCAGCCUCCAAUGCAUACUUUGCUUUUGGCAUUGGGAACAUUCUGUUGGAUGUGUUUGGAUUUUAAGUUUAUCAAUCUAGAUUUCUGUUUGUCUUUCUUUCUUAUGUUCUUCAGUCUUUUGUUGUAGUUUGCAUUUCAACCGUCUACAUGCCACAAAAAUGUAAGGGGGCUGAAGGAUGAUGAUUAAAUGUUGUUAAAGCAAUGAAAUAGCUUUUGACAG